AUUACCAGCUAUAGGUAGUUGUUAUCGAAGGCCUACUGCUGCGGCAUCUCAGUUUGUUUAUCAAAUUACGUAUAAUCUGUUUCCUAGACUGGCGACAUCAAGCAAGGCAUGAAGCUGACUGAAAUCAUCAAAAGAUUUAGACAUAACAACGUGGUAACCAACCUGAAGUUGUUAGAUCAAUCAUACGAAAGGUCCAAGGAUUUUGACUACGUGCAUCCAGCCAUCGUGGAUGGGUACUACAUCUACACGGACAAUGCCUUUUAUUACCUAUCCGGAGCCCUCCAGUUUCCAUUCUACGCCGAUGACGUUCCAAAGGAAGUGCUUAUGGGACUUCUGGGUUGGAACAUGGCAUCAAAAAUACAAAGUGGAUUAGACCUUAUGGGUGGUACGUUUGAAGCAGAUGGUCUCAUUCGCAGGGAAAGUUUCUGGUCAAAUAAAUCGACCAAAGCGCACAACAACAAGAUGACCUGCUUUUCGAACCAGUACGGGAAUAUUACCGAUGCCCAGCGAGGCACAUCCGUAAGUGCAUAAACGAUUCUGGAG